AUGGCCAAGCAGAUUCCAUUUCUGCUGCGAUGCGGAUGUUUUGGUUGGGAUGGUCGGCCGAACAAAACUUGGACUGCGGAGGCACGUGGCAAAGUACUCACGGAGCAGAUGCUAGAACAGGUCAUGGAAGGUGCAGCAUCCAGAAUUGCACCAUGGAUUCCAGAUGAGUGGAAAAGCAUUGCGACCCUGCAGGAGGCCGGCAAACGUCGAGCUUCGGUGGGGUCAGUUGAGCGCAAAGCCGACAACCUCGCCUUGGUUGUGAAGCGGCUACCCAACAGGUGGAUCAAGAAGGGACACUGCGAGUUUGCGGAGAGCAAUCCGCGCUGUUCAGAGAAACCCUGGGUCGACAUUGGGAUGCUCCGGUACCUCAAUGCGCUGCAGUUUCCGCAUGUAUGUGCGCUGAUGGGCAUCUUUCGCGACGAUGACUUCACGUAUGUGGCGACAUCGCUGGCGACUGAGGGUGACCUCUUCCACUGGGUGGAGCAUGCCGCUUGCCCUCCUGGCAAGGAACGUGAGAGCGUUAUUCGUCCGAUGAUGGUGCAGGUGUUCUCAGCCGUGAAAGCGCUGCAUGAGCUUGGAAUUGCGCAUCGUGACAUCUCACUAGAGAACAUACUGCUGACGAAGGAUCGAGCUGGAGGACCACAAAUCAAGGUGAUCGACUUUGGCAUGGCUACUCUGUCGCAGCGCUGCAGGGCAGAAGUUCGUGGCAAGCAGGCAUACCAGGCCCCUGAGAUGCACACGGACAUGGAGUAUGAUGCGUUCCUUGCGGACAUCUUUGCUUGCGGAGUAGUUUUGUACGCCAUGGCUCUCAGCGACUAUCCAUGGACCUGCACUAAAGCAGGAUCCUGCGGGAUGUUCGAUUUCAUUCACUCCUGGGGCUUCCACGAGUUCUUCAAGAAUCGCAAGUGCCGUUCUUCCUCCAAGACGUACAUUGUCCAGGUGUUGUCACCUUCCCUCUGUGAGCUUAUGGAGGGCCUCCUUGAGCUGCAGCCUGAAGAGCGGCUCUGCCUCGGCGAGCCACUCGACCUGCACUGCUGCACGGAUGGCCGUACGCUUUUCUUAUCUCUGUAA